AUGGGCCCGAUCGGCGCCGCGCCCGCGGCGGCGGAGCUGCAGAUGCGAGUCCUCGUGGCGCGCGGGUUCGGCGGCGGCUGCGAGACCGCCGUCGCGGCCAGCCCCGCGUGGGGGGCGCAGGACGUCCUGGCGCACGCCCCGUGGCACGAGGCCGAGGCCUCCCGCUCCCGCGUCCGCGUCCUCUUCGGGGCGGCCGAGCUGGUCGGGCAGACCACCCUGGGCGACCUCGGGGUGGCCGACGGGGACCGCCUGACCCUGGUGGCGACGUCGCUCCCGCCGGUCGUGACCAGGGCGAUGGCCGGCCAGGUCAAGCUCUGGAGCCCCUCCUCGGGCGAGUGCCUGCGCGUGCUGCGGGGCCACGCGAGCAGCGUGUAUGCGGCCACGUUCUCGCCGGAGGGCUCCCUGGUGGCCACCGCCUCCCUCGAUCACACGGCGAGGCUGUGGAGCGCCCGCUCCGGCGAGUGCCUGUGGACGCUGCAGGGCCACGGUCGUGCCGUGCAGUCCGUCGCGUUCUCGCCCGACGGUGGAAGGGUGGCCACUGCCUCCACAGACGGCACCGCGAAGGUCUGGAGCGCCAGCAAGGGCGAGUGCCUGCGCACUCUCGAGGGCCACGCCGCGGGCCUGAGCUCUGCCGUCUUCUCCCCAGACGGCCACGCCAUCGCCACGGCUUCCGCAGACGGCACAGCAAGAAUAUGGAGCGCCGAUGCGGCCACGUGUCUGCACACGCUGCACGGCCACCGAGGCUCCGUGACCUCGCCAGCGUUCUCGCCCGACAGUCAAGCGCUCGCCACUGCGUCUGUCGACGGUACGGCAAAGAUCUGGAUGGUGAGUUCGGGCGAGUGCGUGCGGACGCUCAGUGGACACAGUGGCUUCGUGAAGUCAGUCGUGUUCUCGCCGGACGGUCAGGCCGUAGCAACAGCCUCUGGCGACGGCACGGCGAAGAUUUGGAGCACGAGUUCUGGCAAGUGCUCGUGCACACUUCUGGACGUCAGCGAAUCCUUCAUCACGUCCGUGCAAUUCUCGCCAGAUGGCAGGGCGGUGGUGACCGCCUCCACAAGCGGUAUGGCGAGGAUCUGGGCAACCGAUGGGGGCAAGUGCCUGCAGACGCUGCGGGUUUCCUCGGAUGCCGUGGACUCCGCCGAGUUCUCCCCAGACGGCAAGACGGUGGUCACCGCCCAUCGGGACGGCAAGGCGCGAUUCUGGGGCGUGGGCAUGACGGGUUGCUGGCGUACCAUCGAUGCUAACGACGAUGGCGACGUGGUGUACGCCUCCUUCUCCCACUCGGAGUGA